UUCAUUGAUUUUGGUGUUUGUGGUAGAAACAUGGGUAGCACCAGUGAAGAGAAUAUUAUGGAUGGUGAGAUUGUUCCUUCUUCACUUGCCGUUGUCGUGCCUAUUCUUAGAGCUGCCAUUGAUAUUGAAGUGGAGAAUCCUAGAGUUGCCUAUCUUUGUCGCUGGUAUGCAGUUGAGAAGGCUCAUACAAUUGAUCCAACAUCAAGUGGCCAUGGCGUCCGACAAUUCAAGACUAAUCUGCUGCGCAAGCUCGAAAGGGAAGAGGAGAUAACACAGAAACAUACUAACAGAACUGAUGUCCGAGAGCUACUGAGUUACUACCAAACUUUCUACGAGACUAGAAUCAGGGAUGGUGAAUUUACUAAAGAACCGGAGGAGAUGGUUACGAAUGUUCAGAUUGCUACUGUCUUGUAUGAAGUACUGAAGACUAUUCUAGCUCAUCGAACUAUCGAUGAGAAGACAAAAAAAUAUGCUGCGGAUGUUGAGAAUAAGAAGGGACAGUAUGAGCAUUAUAUAUGCAGCUCCUCUUGUUCAGAUGAUAAACUUAGAGGUCCAGGAAGCUACCAAAGCGAUGAUGUAGUACCAGAUGAGAGUCCUCUUGUGGCAUGCAUUAGUGAACCAUCUGAGGAAAAGAUUGAUAAUGCUUUGAAGGAACUAUCUAAAUCUCAAGGGUGAUGAUUGGAUGAUGUGUAAUUUUCUUAUACUUUGCUUGAUUACAUUUUGCAAAAAGAAACUAAAUUUGUACUAUGCAUAUUACUUUUCAUAACAUGAAGCACAGAAUCUGAUAAAGUUAUAUACUUAGUUUUAUUGUGAUAAAAUGCUUUUGGUUAUUAGGAUAAUCAUAACCAAGUUCAAGUUGUAUAAACUGCUAAAUGCUUUUUUGAGGUUUAGUAUGAUUAAAGAAUCUCUGAUGAGAUUGGAAGCA